AUGGCGCGGCUGAAUGAGAUCCCCGCUCCGAUGGAGUCGAUCGAUGCUUUAAAACGGCGAUUUGUGCGACAGAACCGGGAGAUUGCGCGUGUGAAUUCCAUGCAAUCGCUGCGGAUCCGCAGUCUCGAGUCCGAGGUGACGCAUCUGUUAUCCGAAAAUGUGUCUUUGCGCGAGCAGGUCAUCACUCUUAGUCAGGAAAUCGAAAGGCUGGAGUCAGCGAAAACCAUGCGUGAUGGGGUAUAUGAAAUAAAAUCCAAGCUGGAUGCAAAGCUGGCAGAGUUGAGUGCCUUGACCAUGGACCUGGGGAUGCUACCGUGCAAAGCGGGCAAGUUGUGCGAUGAACGACCGAGGUCGGCCAAUAUGGAUCGACCAAAGCCAACCGCUCCAGGGACAAAACCACGGACGACCGAGCCCGAGGAACAGGGAGGCUGUGAUGACCGAAAGCUCCCCGCCAUCUUGGAGGACAAAUACUACCCGCGGCGAACGUUAGAGUUACAGGAACUUCGUGACCUUGUGGACAGCAAUUCCAGCAUUACUGAAUGGCCUCACGAGAGCAACGCGACACCAGCUCAGCUGGAUGCAGAAGAGGAACCCCCCAGCGUCGAUUUACCAGAACUCUCACCUGAUGAGAGUCAAAUCGACCAAGAUACAGCGGACGACUCUGAUCCAUUCCUCCCUCCAAUACUUGAGACCAGGAAGAAGAAAAAGAAGUCAGAAUCAUCCAUUACUCGUCAAUAUCCGAGCCCAAGUGGCGAACCGACACCUACCUUCAAGUCAGGGGCAAAGCGCAAGUUCAGUCCAGAACAGGACGCAGGGUUCACACCUGGUAAUGUUUCAGAGGAUGAUGAAUUCCAGUUCAGCCGGCCCAGUCGCAGCCCUCAGAAACAGGUCGAACCGUUGAAAUCUUCCCCUACACAACAGCCGGUUCAGAUGAAGACAGCUCCCGCAAACCUCACGAGGCGAAAGGUUCUCGAGCCAAAAAGCGCGAAUACCAACCUCGGCUCACCUCGAAAAGCGCGGCCCUCCCUUCUAACCUCUAAGCCAAAGAGACGCGAAGAGAAUGAGAACAGCAAGCCCUCCAUAAAAGGAAAGGAGCUCGAGACCAAGGACUUGAAUACCAAUGCACAUGGACAUCGAAGCACCAGCCGCGUUACCGGAACAGAAGAACCCAUUCAGAUACAACCAGCACCACCCAAAGAGCCGACAGUGACAACUCUCGACGAAGAAUCGAUCACGGCACUUGAAGAGCCAACAGCCGGAUCCCGGUCUUCGCGACGUCGUGGAGCAGUGGUCAGCUAUGCGGAGCCCAACCUGAGAGACAAGAUGCGGCGCCCGACCAGUGAAUUGAUCGAUGCUGUUGGAGGGAAGGGGUAUCGCAGAUCGUCCGCGUUCCAGGCUGGCCGAGAAAGCUUGAGCGAUGAAGGCGAAUCGCAUUCUGCUAGCAUCCUUCCGGCCGAUCUGGCGCUCGCGGACAAGGAUCCCUCCGCAGAGCAGUUGUUGGCAAUGGUGUCCCGACGGAAACGCAAGGUGUCCUCGACGAAACAGCAUGACGACCCGUUUGAUAUGGGCGACAGCCUCGCAGGUCUCUCUACCAAAGGGUCUAAAGAAGCUCUGGCUGCGGCAAGGCAGACCCGGCGGCACUCUUCCAAUCCGAAGACAAUGGGCCUCGCUGUGUCGCCUGGAGAUCUCAAUGUCCCGUCUACUUUGUCGGCAAAAUCUGCUGCCGGUCGAAAUGUGGAGCUGUAUCCGCCGUCGAAAUACAGCUCGUUGGAUGAAGAUGGGGACGCAAUGGAUAUCAAACAGGUCCGACGUGGGCAUCGCGUUGCAGCUAGGCGGAAAAGCAUGAUGCUCUGA